ACGUUUGCGUUACAUUUUUACGUGAUUCGUUACAUAAAAUUUAUCUUGUUGUAGUACUUGCACAAGUACUAUACUACCUCCAUACUUGUAACCACUAACUCUUAUUUCUAAUAGUUAUGGUUAAUCAAAGUAAAAAGCAGCGAACCCACUCCCCUGUAAAACUGGUGUCUAAUUUAACGUCCUUGAUUGCUACAUCAAGCAACACACGCCCAACAAACGGCUAUAGUGAGUCACAUAACUCACGUGUAUGCCGUAAGCGUCGAGCUGAAACUGAGGAUAAAACUGUACUGACAGCCAGUAUUAGCACUACUCUUAAAAAUUCGGUACCCUCUGCUCAUACAGAACUCCUCCCUUCACCUUAUGUGCUUAUGGAGAAACUCCAGCCAUCAAGCUCUUUUUCAGUACUAUCUUCAGAAAUAGAACUUCUAAAGUUGUCUAUAGGAGAACUUAAGGCUGAGUUAAGGGAAAUAAAAAACAGCAAGUCAGUAAAUGCUGGAAACAUCGAAACCAAUACUGAGAUAUCCAGAUUAUCAGAUCAGAUCAGCGAUAUCAGAUCGCAGGUCUGUGAACUGACACCUCUAACUAUCCUCAUGAAAACGGUAAACCUUAACAAGCUUGACACAGAAUCGGUAACUAAGGUAGAUAACCUCAUUAACUUUGUUACCACAGAAGUAACAAAACGACUCGACGCAAAACUGAGUGCUAUUGUCUACAACGUUCCGGACAAUGAGGCACUAAAAAAGGUACAGCACAUCCUACUUAGUGAAGCGAAAAUGCCUAACUCCAAGACUAAGUGCUACAGGCUGAAGAAGAGUCAACAUGAAAAGUGUUGUCCUAUACGAUUUCAGUUCGAAACACCGGCAGAGACCAGAAAAUUCAUUCACUCCCAACACACCCUAUCGCAAGCCAGAAACUACAAACAUAUUAAGGUCGGGGUGGAAAAAACAGUUAUAGAAAGGCGCGCACACAACUAUCUCACUAAGACUAAUUGUGAAAUAGGUAAUAGGACAUUGCAGAAAGACAUUAUCCCCAACCCUGUGAAAGAUACAGUAGACCCCACCGCAUCACCCCUCUCAAAACACACAGAAAUGUCCCAUCAGAGUGCAACACCAGGCGAAAAGCCACUAGACUGUAACCAAAUAAAUAACAAAACCAUACCACCCAUCACCGCAGAAUCUAAAAUGCCACUAAAUAACCCCAGAAAAAAAGUUAAAACCCCCCGAAACUCGACUUUGUCCUCUCCUAGCACACACUAAUAUCCAAUGUCACAACGAUGUCACCCUAAAUAGUACAAGUGGUAAUAGUCAGAACUCGGCUACCAACAACUCAGGGUCUUCAGAGUAUGGCACACAAACAAAUUUCGACCGGAUGUAUGGUACAAGUCUGCUGGGAAC